CAAAGUAUAAAACACAUAAUCUCAUAGGCCUACACUGGUGCAAUCAAGAUUCUGAUACAUGAUUCGAGAUGGCGUUGUUUCUUCUAAUGGUGAUGCUGACAUUAUGUGCUGCCUCUCCUCAAGAUUUGUCAGGUAAAAUGUUCACCUUUCCGGAACCAUCUAACUCAGCUCAUGUGAGGCUGACAACAUCAAGACAGGUUCUGAGGGCUGUAACUGUCUGUCUCAGGUUCUUUACAGACCUCAACAGAGAUCAUGGCCUUUUCUCUUUGACCACACCUGGUUCUGAAAAUGAAUUGCUGAUUUUCAACAGUGUUUCAGGCAAUACGUAUAAUUAUUAUGUCAAGAAUAAAGGUGUUGACUUUAUGGAGCAGCACUAUAAAUUGAACACGUGGCACUCAAUUUGUUCCACAUGGGAUUCUGAGUCUGGACUGGGCCAACUGUGGUUAGAUGGAAAGCCCUCAAGUAGGAAGUUCAUCAGCUCUGGAUCCAGCAUCAACGGGCCCAUUAUAAUUGUUUUAGGACAGGAGCAGGAUAACCAUGGUGGGGGGUUUGACGUGCAACAGUGUUUCGUUGGCAUGAUGUCUGAUGUCCACAUGUGGGACUACACCCUCUCCCCAUGUGAGAUCCAGAACUACAUGCACCAUGUAACGUUUCCACCAGGGAAUGUGCUCAACUGGGGGACAUUGGAGUUCCAGACCACAGGAAGAGUGCUGAUAGAAGAAAAACAAGGGAUUAAAAACUGUACAUAAACUUUUGAAAGUGAAAAAACAGGUUAAAAAAUAUAAAUAAAAAUAAAAAAAAUCAUAGAUAAAUGAAAAAUAUUAUUGCAUAUUCUUUGCUUUUUUUAAAGAUUGUUUUUCAGUUUUUUUGUAUCUUUUUUUGUUUUUUGCUUUUUUGGUUGUUGGAUCAGUGAAAAAAAAAAGAUUUCUUUCAUAUUUUUUAAUGAGUAUUUCUUUUUUUAACCAUUUGGCUAUUUGUUAACAGAAUGAAUUCUUUAGACUUAGACUUUGACUUCUCUUUGUUAAUCCUUUGGGAUGACUCCCACAAGGAAAUUGACAUUUCCAGCAACAGUUUUAGCAAGAAUACAGUAUAGAAGACAGUAUAAAGAUAACAAGAAUAACAGUAAUAAAAAUAGUAAUAAUAAUAAUAAUAAUAAUAAUAACAAUAAUAAUAAUAAUAACAAUAACAACCUUUG